GGAUUACAGGUAUGAGCUAUCACACCACUUUCUUUGUACUAUUUUUUGCAACUUUUCUGAAAACCGAAAAUUAUUCUUCAAUAGUUAUUUUAAAUGUUAUGUCUUUAAUUAAUUUCUUUCUUGUUAUUAGAAGAGUUUGCUUUGCAUUCAGGAUAACAGAGAGGUGGACCAGUUUGUUAAUGUUAAGAUUUGUGAGACAGUCGCUAGCUGCUUUCAACUAAUCGAAUAUAACUCUGAUUUGAAGGAGAGAAACUUUGGUUUCCUCACGUUACCUUUUUCUAAGAACUUUGACAAUGCAUAAAAGUUGGAGAUCCUUCUAAGGAAGGCAUGUGCUGCGUAUUCUAAAUGCUUCGAAGUUGACUUAAUUCCCACUCAUGGACAAAUGGUGGUUACUCGAAACACACAAGCUCACAGGUGCAGUGCGGUCUUCGGCACGCUUGAAAGCACGAAGUUGUUCGGCAGCCGGGUUGGCCUCUGCCCAGGAAGCCGCUGGUUCCACGUCUGCCAAGACAGCAUGUCGGACUUCCUCAUCCCACAAAGCCACAGACAGGCGAACGUCCAAGAAGUUCAAAUGUGACAAAGGUCAUCUUGUGAAGUCAGAAUUACAGAAGCUUGUCCCUAAGAAUGACAGCGCUUCUUUGCCAAAAGUGACACCUGAGGCCCCUUAUAAAAAUGAGUUUGCUGAAAGCAGUGCCUUGCUUCCAGGCAGCGAGGCUGGCGUUUCCGUGCAGCAGGGGGCUGCAAGUCUUCCCCUCGGUGGCUGCAGAGUUGUGAGUGACUCUUGCUUAGCAAAGACUAAAGAUGGCCUGUCCGUGCCGAAGCACAGUGCCAGGUCCGGAGCAGAAGAAUCCAAUAGCAGCUCCACUGUGCAGAAGCAAAAUGAGCCAGGGCUAGAGACAGAGGAUGUGCAGAAGCCACCACUUCAGAUGGACAACAGUGUCUUUCUGGAUGACGACAGCAAUCAGCCAAUGCCCGUGAGCCGGUUCUUUGGAAACGUUGAGCUCAUGCAGGACCUCCCACCUGCGUCUUCAUCGUGUCCUUCAAUGAGCAGACGAGAGUUCAGAAAAAUGCAUUUCAGAGCCAAAGAUGAUGAUGAUGAUGAUGAUGACGAUGAUGCAGAAAUGUAGAGACCAUAAAAAAUGAUGUCCUUGCCCUAUUUCAUACCAUUAACAAUUUGACAGUUUAGCACAUUACAAGAUUUAUAUAAAAUGUAUCUCCAAGAGAAUGUCUUAAUCAGACUUCAGAACUGACCCAUCAAAGUCAAUAGUGCAAAGCACCGAAUGUCUGUGGAGGAUGCACUCAUGGGAACUCAAACUCAGACAGUCUUUGAGGUUGCAAAGCUGCUGUACUGUGCCAGUGUCCUUUCUUUUUUUUUUUUUCUUCUUGAAGACAGAGUUUCUUUCUUGUCGCCCAGGCUGGAAUGCAAUGGCGCCAUCUCGGCUCACUGCAACCUCCACCUCCCGGGUUCAAGUGAUUCUCUUGCCUCAGCCUCCUGAGUAGCUGGGAUUACAGGCGUGCGCCACCAUGCCCAGCUAGUUUUUGUAUUAUUAGUAGACAUGGGGGUUUCACCAUGUUGGCCAGGCUGGUCUCAAACUGCUGACCUCAGGUGAUCCGCCCACCUCAGCCUCCCAAAGUGCUGGGAUGACAGGUGUGAGCCACCAUGCCCGGCCAGUGUCCUUUCUUGUACACGUACAUACGUGAUGAUGGCUUGAGUCAGCUGCAGGGCAGUGGGCUCAGUGAGAGGGAUUUUUGUAAAGACAGCUCUUCACUUCAGCUCAGUAGCUUUGGUCAUAGGCAAGUUUGUUUUCCAUUACCAUAAUUUGAUCAUACUUGUGAUGAAUUCAGUGCUAGUUCUUAAAGAACUCUUUUAUUUCUGUAUGCGGAGCUAACGUUUACUUUGGAAAUUUUGCAAAAUACGCUAAGAAAGAAAUAAAAUAUAUUUUGAAAAUA